UAUUGAUAGAUCACCGACUAGCUGCCUGCAACACGCCCCGAGUAGUCUCACCAUUGCUGUCACCACUUUCACCUGAGGAAAGACAAGAGGCCGCGAGUUCUCACUCCACAAGACCAACAUGACAACAACACAUCAGUUAAUGGCCGCCGCCUUCUGUCUGUGCGGGCUUUUCUUUCUUCUCCACGUCGACUGUGUGAACAGCUUAUCAUGCGUGAAUUGUACCUUCAGCCAACCAGUUUGCGACAACGGACGAAGCGCGCCAUCUAUUGUUUGUCCUGAAGGUUAUGGCUACUGCACGACUAUCACAUUAUCCGCUCUUGACUUACCGGGCGAAGGUAGGAGACGUGGUUGUGGCACCAAGCUAUACAUCGGUACGCAGUGCCAGGAAGUGGUUAUCUCCGGUUACCGUUAUACACAUUGCGUGCAAACCUGCACCUCUAACAACUGUAACGUUGACGUUAACGGCACAUCUGUCAUUGGCUAAAACGGACGAUGAAAGGAGGACUGCAUUUACUGAAGAAUUGAGACCAUGAAACAAGAUGAAACUGUUUCACUCCAACUUGUUUACUCUUGUUUAAGACUUGCUUAAGUCAUCUUGUGUCUCUAUUGUCUAAAAAAACGGAAGAAAACCAGUUGAAAAUCAAA